AUGGAUCGUCACCAGGAUUCCACCGUCGUAUCUGGGAGGCCGCCAUCACCUCUCUCAGAGAACUCAGGAGCACUCGAGGGGGAGAACGGAGAUGUGGAAUUAAACGAGAAAGACGACCUGGUAGAGGAGCAGGAGUCGCUUCUUCCUGAUAGCAGUACGCCGCCGGCGACUGAGGAUGAUGCCCGUCGCUUUUCGUUCACCUACGGCGACGAUGCAUCGCCAACCUAUCCCGAUCAUAUAGCCAUGUCUCGACCAGAUGAGCAUAGGUCCGACGAAAAUGAGACUGGUCGAUACCAGCGAUUACCUACUGAUCAUAAUGCCCGAGAGAAUGUCUGCUCUCCCGUGGUGUCCCCGUCUGGCGUCUAUCAAUCAUCAUCUGGGACCAUUGGGUCUCCGGGCACACAUCCAUCCGUCCAUCCAGAAGGCAACGCCUCAUCGUUCCGUGAUCUUUCUUGGUCAACCAUGUUUGACCACUUUCUCAACACUCGGAAGAACCCGAGAGAGUUUGUUGACAAAUGCUCCAUCACUUACUUGGGGGAGUCAUUCCCUCUGGCCAUCGUCCUGGAGGAUCUAAAAGAGGGUGGCCGGCCUAAACUGCAUCACCCAGGGCCGCCAUUUCCAGAGAGAGAACCCCAGAGAGGCCCGCAGAAUAGGUUACAGCCCGAGCAUCUUUUGCCCGAGGACCUCGAAUAUCUUCGAAUAAAAGGCGUCUUUGACUUUCCUUCAAAGCCCCAUUUGGACGCGUUGAUGACCGUCUUCCUCGAGCAGGUCUAUCCAUUGUACCCGAUUGUCAAUCAAUUGGAGAUUGUACAACAACAUGCCAAUGGAGAGCUUCCUCUUAUCCUUCUACACUCUAUAUGUUUUAUCGCUGCGACAUUUUGUCCACUUUCCUUGAUCUACCAGGCCGGCUUUCCCUCACGCCGAGACGCUCGUUUCUCCUACUAUCGCAAGGUCAAAGUGCUUUUCGAUUCGGGAUAUGAGAUCAACAAGAUCGUCAUCCUCCAAAGCGCUUUGCUCAUGUCCUUCUGGGGCGGUGGGCCAAACAACUACUGGAAUUUUUACUCCUGGAUGAGCACUGCUGUUACCGUGGCGGAAGGCAUGGGUAUGCACCGGUCGACGGCAACCACGAAUAUGAAAGUCCAGGAUAAGAGCUUGCUCCGACGGCUCUGGUGGAUCCUAGUAGUCCGAGACAGUGCAUGUAGCGCCCUCGUGGGGCGGCCGUUUCGGAUUGACAUUAACCAGUCUGACACAGAGAUGUUGACCACUCAGGAUUUCGCUCAUGAUUCUGCAGAUCCCAACUUUUUGCACACUCCCGAGCAUCAGAUGUUUGCCCUAUAUCAGAUUGAAAUCGCAAGGUUGUCCCUCAUUCUCCGCGAUGUGGUCAUAAGUCGAUUCUACCCUGGGAGCCCGCAAGUGCACCCGGUGGAGCUCCAUACUCGGCUGAAAGACUGGAGAGACCAAUUGUCCCCAUCCCUUGCUUGGAGGGACGAGUCCGUCGAUCCUCUCAAUCCAUAUUCCACGACGCUAUCCGUACAAUACAAUCAUCAUCUCAUUAUGAUUUACCUUGGCCACGUACCAAACGAUAGUCCCAGCAGACAACACGAGGAGUAUGAGCAGGGCAAUAUCACCACCUCAGCUGCGUAUGAUAUCGCCGCCGUAGCCAGCACCGUGGUCACAAAGUCAUCCGUGCUUCGAAUGCCACACGAGCUGUUCCAUGGCAUUUUCCUGGCCCAGGCGGUGUUCUACACGCAAUUAAGAAGUAGCAACAAGCUUCUAUCUCAACUGGGUCGGUCGGAACUAGUUAAAUGCCAGAUGGUUCUGCGUGACUCGUGUGAGUCCUGGGAUCCCAGUCCCUGGAUCAUGCAGUUGUUCGAUAACCUCUCCACAAGACUGUUUGAGAAAGUCCCUGCACCGAAUGAACAAGAGGGGAAUCCCUACACGAUACCUAGCCGCAGUGACCCGCCUGGAAUAAGCUCAAUGAUCACUUCCGACCCGGACGCGGGCGUCUUCAACGGUCUGUUCGGCUACGAUCCAUGGCAAAAUGGCCCGAUGUUGUCCUCGUUGUUUAACCUGCCCCCAGACAUCCUCCUCCCCCAGUAA